AUGUCAAGAUAUACCGCUUUGAAUUUUUCUUUACUAGAAAAUAGAAAAGAGUUUCGCAAGAGAACCACUCCGCCAGGUCAGCAUGGAGCCAAGAGAAAAAGAUUUUCAGUUCAUGCUCUCCAAAAUCGCGAACAAAAAAAACUUCAACUUCUUUAUGCUUGGCGGAACCGGCAAUUAUACAAUUUAUUUUCCAAGUUAAAAGCCAAAGGGGGCAACGUUGGUAAUAACUUGUUAGUAGUUUCAGAAUCGCGGUUAGAUAAUUUAGUUUUUCGCUCCCACUUAGUUAAAACUCGUCGUAUGGCUCGGCAACUAGUUAAUCAUGGUCAUUUUCUCCUUAAUGGAAAAAAAGUCACUAUCCCUAGUUAUGAAGUUAGACCUGGAAAUGUUAUUAGUCUCAAAAAACCAAUCAUGAAAGAGAAUCAAAUCAUUAAAAGUAGUUUGGAACAAAAUAAUCCAAUGCCCUCCUUUCUCAGUUUUGACAAAGAAAAAUUAACUAUUACUUAUCUCCGUUAUCCUUC